CGCCAAGCACCAACAUAAUUCCAUUUGAGUUCCGGCGAAAGCCAAAGGCAUCUGUGCGCGAGAAGCCGUUAUUGUUGGUGCAGUUGAAGAUUGAUAGAGAGAUCCAUUAUUUCACAAAAUAAUGAUUCCUCUUCUAUUUCUCUUUGCAUAAACGUCAACGAAGGAUUUAAGGUUACCAGGUACUCAGUUCUUAAACCUUAAUUUCACUUACCGAUUUCUGAAAAUCUUUGCGGUGUGAGAAUUAGAUAUGAUAACUGUUCAAUUAGCUUAGAUCAAAUGUGAAUUAGGUUUAGUGUUACAAUUAGAGGGAGUAGAUUUUCUUUUUUGUUGUUGUUGUUGUUGUUGUUGAUUUUUUGACAAUUAGGUUAGAUAAAGCAAAGUACGGAGAUAUGAGGGGGCGGUCCCACCGUUUCCAGAGCGUAGACCCGCACGAUGACUGGGUCGACGGCUCAUGGACGGUGGAUUGUGUGUGUGGGGUGACUUUCGAUGAUGGUGAAGAGAUGGUGAAUUGUGACGAGUGUGGCGUGUGGGUUCACACGCGAUGCUCUAAGUAUGUGAAAGGAGAGGAAUCAUUUGCCUGUGAUAAGUGUAAGAGCAAGAAUAAUAGGAAUAGUAGUCAUAAUGAUAGUGAAGAGACUGAGGUUGCACAAUUGUUAGUUGAGUUGCCCACAAAAACUGUGAGAUUAGAGAGUUCUUAUAGUGGGCCGGCAAGGCGGCCAGUUAGGCUUUGGACUGAUAUUCCAAUGGAAAAUAGGGUACAUGUGCAAGGGAUUCCAGGUGGGGAUCCUCAAUUGUUUCAUGGACUGUCAUCAGUUUUUACGCCUGAGUUGUGGAAGUGUACAGGUUAUGUGCCAAAGAAGUUUAAUUUUCAAUAUAGAGAGUUUCCAUGCUGGGAUGAGAAGGAGGGUGUCCACCUAAAGGAGGAAGAUAAUGAUAAUGAGAAUCCAGUUGAUAAAGGGGCAGGUGUUUUAUUCUCUUUGUCAAAGGAGAGUAUUCUAGAAACACCUAUGGGAGUGUUGGCUGGAAUGAGGGAGAGGGAGGAGGAAGUUGGGUUUGAUAGGAAGGUGUGUUCGAAGGAGAUGAAGUGGGAAGGUGAGGGUGUAGAUGUUAGGCGUUCUCAGAAUGGCAUGAAGAAAGAGAGGAGUUUGCUACGGACAGUUGUGGUACAUCCAGGGAAGCGGAAGAAGGAAGACUCGGGCAUAUCCAAAGACCGAAGUGGAAAGAAGAAAGCUAGAGCUGUUGAGAAGGAGGCAGAUGAGAGGAAGAAAAGUUUACAUGCUUCAAGAACAGUGUUUAGACCCACCAGUGAUGCAAAACAAUUGGAAUUUUAUGAAGACAGAGGCCCGAAGUCUUCGAAGACUGACAUUCAGAUUAUAAAGAGCAAGAAUGUGCGGGAAGAUGUGCAUCAUGAGCCUGUAUCAGAUGGUCAUCUUGCAGAGGAUACUGGUGUUGACAGAUCCAAGAACAACCUAGCAGCUAAUGACUGCCCUUUGGAUGCCUUGUCUUCUGAUGUUUCUAGACAUUUUUAUUCAAAUGGAGAUGGACUGAAGCAAGAAAUGGCCAGCCAUCAGCUUCCUGCAGCUGUUAAGAGUUCUCCCACAACUGAUGACAUUGCUGGGUCAAUGUUAGAAGACAAUGAUACCAGGAACGUUUCUGUAAAACCAGAGGGAGAUAGCAUAGCUCUUGAUAAAGUAGAUGAUAGCCAUGAAGCUUCUUCUAAAACUGCUCAGAAGCCUCAUGUUGAAGACGUGGUUAAUGUUGGACCAGAAGUUGGGAACAAUCAGGUUCUUGAAGAUUCAAGUGGUGUCUGUCGGAGCUCUGUAAUGCCCUAUGUUGAAGUGAAAACAGAAGUGGCUAAUGAUGAUUCUAGGGGUAGCUUGAAUUUGCAGUCCUCUCCUGGUGAUGCCAAAGUACAAAAUAAAGCUUAUAAUCACAUGUCUGAAAACUCUAAAGUGAAUUAUCUAAUGGCAACCUGUUCACAAUCAAGUGAUCAUAAGGCACAGGGUGCUGAAAGAACUUCAGAAGCAGUCAGUGAUUACCAUUCAGAUAAAGUUCCUGAAGUAAGUGGUGAUCCUUGUCAUAUUAGACGAGAACUGGAUGGUUUAGAUAGUCCCAUGCAAAUGCAAAAAAGUUCCCCAGAACCCAAACAAGAUUCAGGGAGUGUCAUGGAGCAAUCAAAAUUAGAAGGAAAUAGCUUAAACUCUGUGGCACUAACCAGCCAGCAGAAAAUGGUAGUAGCUGUCGGAAAAUCAUCAUCCAUUUUGUCAAAUACAGUGGUCACCAAAUCAUCUGCUUCUGAAAACUUGAAACCUGCAGAUACUCAGAACUCUAAUCUUAAUGCUAAACAAAGAGUAUCAUCUGAGAAUAAUGUUAGUAUUAAGAAAGAUCGUGCUGUUAGUGACAUCGUCAGGGAUGAGGAAAAACAAGACAUGUUGAGAAAAUCAACAAAAGAGCAUUCAAAAUCAUCUGUGAAUCCUUUAUCAAAAGUGUCGCACUCCAGCAGGACUUUACAUGCUACUUCAAAGCGAACCAUGUCAGAUUCAAAAGAUUCUGUGCCUUUCUCAUCUUCUAAAUUGUCAUCAGGGCAGAAUGUUGCUGUUGCUUCAGUCUCUGGUGAGUCUGCUGGGUCGGUGCAAAGUCAGACACAAAAUAAGAUGUCAACUUCAGGUUUACCUCUAAGAAGUGAAAAGUUAAAUCAGGCAAAUUUUCAGCCAUCACCUAAGGUGAAUCAUGCGGCAUCCAUGCAUCCUCCUGCAGCUUCAAAUGCUCCUGCGAUUCUAAGUGAUGAAGAGCUUGCUUUGCUUUUGCAUCAAGAACUGAACAGCUCUCCUAGAGUACCUCGUGUACCACGUGUGCGGCACACUGGUACCUUGCCUCAGUUGGCUUCUCCAACUGCAACAAGUAUGUUAAUGAAGCGUUCAUCUAGUUCUGGAGGAAAGGAUCACAAUUUGGUUUCUAGAAGAAAAAGCAAGGAUGCAUCGAAAGAUGGUGUCCGUCCUUCUCGUGAGCUUGAUGAUGAAGCUAGAAAGGUGGACAGAGUGCCAUCUUCACCAGAUCUGAGGAGACAUGAUAUGGGAUAUGCAGCAGAUAGUUAUACAAGAAGGGAAGAUAAUGGGUCUCCGACAGCAGUUCAUUCUGUGAAGAAGAAUAUGCCCUCUCUCUCUAACACAACUGCAAAUAGUGGCCCAUCAUCUUCCACUGAGGUCAAUGAUCAUAAUGUGUCAUCUGUACGUUAUUCACCAAGGAAUAUCUCUGAUGAUGAUACAGGCACAAAUCGUGGUCCUGUUCAUCGCACUUUACCUGGCUUGAUCAAUGAUAUCAUGGGCAAAGGCAAGAGGAUGACUUACGAGGAACUCUGCAAUGCUGUCCUGCCACAUUGGCCUCAUUUGAGGAAGCAUAAUGGAGAGCGAUAUGCAUAUUCAAGCCAUUCACAGGCUGUUCUUGAUUGCCUGCGGAACCGACAUGAAUGGGCUCGGUUGGUUGAUCGUGGUCCCAAGACUAGUUCAACUAGGAAAAGGCGCAAAUUUGAUGCUGAUGAAUCUGAGGAUAACGAAUAUGGCAAUGGAAGAACUGGAAAGGAGGUAGAAAGUAAAAGCCUUGAGUCACAAAGGGAAGAGUUUCCCAAGGGCAAGCGGAAGGCAAGGAAAAGACGACGGCUAGCUUUACAAGGAAGGGGAAUAAAGGAUGUGCGUAGGAGACGGAAGGCAGACUUGGCCUCUGAUGAUGAUGAAGCUGGCCUGUUUUCCAAUUCUAGUGACGAGAGCAUGUUCAGCGAGGAUGAGACCCACGGAGGUAGUGCAUGCCCAGCAGGAAGUGAGGCUUCAGUUAGCUCGGAUGAGACAGAGACUACAUAGUUCUGGGGACCAAGUGUAUUGUAAUAUGAUUUUCCUAGAUUUGGGAGCACCAUCUCAGUUAAAAAGUCGAGUCAGAAAGUGCCUCUUCUGGUUCGGCACUGGUUGUGUUGCAACAGAGAACCCAGCUACUUGUGCAUACGAGACUACAAGGCGUCGCAUGUCUUAUGCGACGGUUGUUGGCUCCAUGUUGGAUGUUCAUUGUACUGUAUUAUGUUUGAUCAAACUUUUAUGAUGAGAUGGGCUUAAAGUUGAUGGGCUUGGGCAGAUGUUGAAAAUGUAAUAUUAGUGUGUACAUAUGAAUUUGUAAUUUUGGCAACAAUUUGGAAAUGGAAUGUAAGAUGCCAUUUUGGGUAGAG